AUGCUGCCAGUUCUGGCGAGGCACACCGCGCGCUCGCUAUAUGCGACGUCGCGGUGGGGAUUGGCAUCUCUAUCAAGCGUGCCCGAGUCAGCCCACGCGCAUGGGACCGCCCCGCCCACGACCAAGCUGCUGAUCAACGGCGACUUUGUCGACUCUCAGACAUCCCAAUGGGUUGAUGUCGUCUGCCCGGCGACUCAGGAUGUGGUGUCGAAACUGCCGCUGACGACUCCUGAUGAAUUCAACGCCGCCGUGGCAGCCGCCAAGGCCGCAUUUCCGGGAUGGCGCGACACCCCUGUGUCUACGCGUGCGCGUGUUAUGCUCAAAUUCCAGCACCUCAUCCGCGAAAACUGGGAUGAACUGGCCAAGCUGGUCACCCAGGAGCAGGGGAAAACGUUCCUGGACGCACGGGGCGACGUGUUCAGAGGGCUGGAGGUGGUCGAGGCGGCGGCUGGCAUUGCACCGCUGAUGAUGGGCGAGACUGUGGAAAACGUGGCCUCCGGGAUCGACUGCUACUCCUACAGACAGCCCCUCGGGGUGUGCGCGGGUAUCUGCCCCUUCAACUUCCCGGCCAUGGUGCCAUUGUGGCUUUUCCCCAUGGCGGUCACGGCGGGCAACACGUUCGUGCUCAAGCCCAGCGAGAGGGACCCAGGGGCCUCCAUGGCGCUGGCUGACCUGGCGCAGCAGGCCGGCCUGCCAAAGGGUGUGCUCAACGUGGUCCACGGCACCCACGACGUGGUCAACGCAAUCCUUGACCACCCCGACAUCAAGGCCGUGUCCUUCGUGGGGUCCGAUGCGGCGGGACGACACGUCUACUCGCGCGCGGCAGCCAGCGGCAAGCGCGUGCAGUCCAACAUGGGGGCCAAGAACCACGCCGUGGUGCUGCCUGACGCGGACGUCGACGCCACCGUCAAGGCCAUCGCCGGGGCUGCCUUUGGGGCCGCCGGGCAGCGCUGCAUGGCCAUCAGUGCUGUGGUGUUUGUCGGGGGCUUUGAGCGCUGGAAGGAGCCCCUGCUGGAGGCGGCAAGGUCGCUCAAGGUGGAUGGCGGCAUGGAGCCGGGCGCUGACGUUGGCCCCAUGAUUAGCAAGGAGGCCAAAGCGCGCGCCGAGAGCAUCAUCGGGAAGAGCGUGGAGCAGGGCGCGCAGCUACUGCUGGAUGGCCGGGGUGUCAAGGUGCCCAAGUACCCUCGUGGCAACUUUGUGGGCCCAACCCUGCUGGGUGGUGUGAGGCCGGGCAUGGCCUGCUAUGAUGAGGAAAUAUUUGGACCCGUGCUGGUUUGCCUGGAGGCCCCUGACCUGGAUUCUGCUAUUGCGCUGGUCAACUCCAACGAGCACGGCAACGGCACCGCCAUCUUCACCCACUCGGGGGCCGCGGCCCGCAAGUUUCAGCACGAGAUUGGUGUCGGCAUGGUGGGCAUCAACGUGCCCAUCCCCGUGCCACUGCCCUUCUUCAGCUUCACCGGCUGGAGGGGCAGCUUCGCAGGCGACCUGCACAUGUACGGCCGUGCGGGCGUGCAAUUCUACACCCAGCCCAAGACCGUGACGGCCAAGUGGUCCAUGCCCGCCAAGGCGCCACGGGGUGGCCGCAUCCCAGGGCUUGACCAGGUCGGGGCAUGA